ACGAGCGCGCUCCGCCCUCGGGCCGCCUGCACUGCAAUUGGAAGAAGUCUUCAAUAAAGCAGUAGCGCCGCUCAUAAAAGGCGUAUUUAAAGGAUAUAAUGCAACGGUCCUGGCCUAUGGGCAGACUGGCUCUGGAAAAACCUAUUCAAUGGGAGGUGCAUACACUGCGGAGCAGGAGAAUGAACCAACAGUUGGCAUUAUUCCUAGGGUAAUACAACUGCUCUUCAAAGAAAUUGAUAAAAAGAGUGACUUUGAAUUUACUCUGAAAGUGUCUUUCUUAGAGAUUUACAAUGAAGAAAUUUUGGAUCUUCUAUGCCCAUCUCGUGAGAAAGCUCAAAUAAAUAUACGGGAGGAUCCUAAGGAAGGCAUAAAGAUUGUGGGACUCACUGAGAAGACUGUUUUAGUUGCCUUGGAUACUGUUUCCUGUUUGGAGCAGGGCAACAACUCUAGGACUGUGGCCUCCACAGCUAUGAACUCCCAGUCGUCCCGAUCUCAUGCCAUCUUUACAAUCUCCAUAGAGCAAAGAAAGAAAAGUGACAAGAAUAGCAGCUUUCGCUCCAAGCUGCAUCUUGUAGAUCUCGCUGGAUCAGAAAGACAGAAGAAAACCAAGGCUGAAGGGGAUCGUCUAAAAGAGGGUAUUAAUAUUAACCGAGGCCUCCUAUGCUUGGGAAAUGUAAUCAGUGCUCUUGGAGAUGACAAAAAGGGUAGCUUUGUGCCCUACAGAGAUUCCAAGUUAACUCGACUGCUGCAAGAUUCUCUAGGAGGUAACAGCCACACUCUUAUGAUAGCCUGUGUGAGUCCUGCUGACUCCAAUCUAGAGGAAACAUUAAGUACCCUUCGCUAUGCUGACAGAGCAAGAAAAAUCAAGAACAAACCUAUUGUUAAUAUUGAUCCCCACACAGCUGAACUUAAUCAUCUAAAGCAACAGGUACAACAGCUACAAGUCUUGUUGCUACAAGCCCAUGGAGGUACCCUGCCUGGAUCUAUAAAUGCGGAACCAUCAGAGAAUCUACAAUCCCUGAUGGAGAAGAAUCAGUCCCUGGUAGAGGAGAAUGAAAAAUUAAGUCGUUGUCUGAGCGAGGCAGCUGGUCAGACAGCCCAGAUGUUGGAGAGGAUCAUUUUGACAGAGCAAGUGAAUGAAAAACUGAACGCCAAGCUAGAAGAGCUCAGGCAGCAUGUGGCCUGCAAGCUGGAUCUUCAAAAGCUAGUGGAGACUUUGGAAGACCAGGAAUUGAAAGAAAAUGUAGAGAUAAUUUGUAACCUGCAGCAACUGAUUACCCAGUUAUCAGAUGAAACUGUUGCUUGCACGGCUGCAGCCAUUGAUACUGCGGUAGGACAAGAAGCUCAAGUGGAAACCAGUCCAGAGACAAGCAGGUCUUCUGACGCUUUUACCACUCAGCAUGCUCUCCAUCAAGCUCAGAUGUCUAAGAAGGUGGUUGAGUUGAAUAAUGCCCUUGCACUGAAAGAGGCCCUAGUUAGGAAGAUGACUCAGAACGACAACCAACUACAGCCCAUUCAGUUUCAAUACCAGGAUAACAUAAAAAAUCUAGAAUUAGAAGUCAUCAAUCUGCAAAAGGAAAAGGAAGAAUUGGUUCUUGAACUUCAGACAGCAAAGAAGGAUGUCAACCAAGCCAAGCUAAGUGAGCACCGCCACAAACUUCUCCAGGAGCUGGAGGGUCAAAUAGCUGAUCUGAAGAAGAAACUGAAUGAGCAGUCCAAACUUCUGAAACUAAAGGAAUCCACAGAGCGUACUGUCUCCAAGCUGAACCAAGAGAUAUGGAUGAUGAAAAACCAGCGGGUACAGUUAAUGCGUCAAAUGAAAGAGGAUGCUGAGAAGUUUAGACAGUGGAAGCAGAAAAAAGACAAAGAAGUAAUACAGUUAAAAGAACGAGACCGUAAGAGGCAAUAUGAGCUGCUCAAACUCGAAAGAAACUUCCAGAAACAAUCCAGUGUGCUCAGACGUAAAACGGAAGAGGCAGCAGCUGCCAACAAGCGUCUCAAGGAUGCUCUCCAGAAACAACGAGAGGUCACAGAUAAGCGGAAAGAGACUCAGAGCCAUGGAAAGGAAGGUAUUGCAGCUCGAGUGAGGAAUUGGCUUAGAAAUGAAAUUGAGGUUAUGGUCAGUACUGAGGAAGCCAAACGCCAUCUGAAUGACCUCCUUGAAGACAGAAAGAUCCUGGCUCAGGAUGUGGUUCAACUCAAAGAAAAAAAGGAAUCUCGGGAGAAUCCACCUCCUAAACUCCGGAAGUGUACAUUCUCCCCUUCUGAGGUGCAUGGUCAAGUUUUGGAGUCAGAAGAUUGUAUUACAAAACAGAUUGAAAGCCUAGAGACUGAAAUGGAACUCAGGAGUGCUCAGAUUGCUGACCUACAGCAGAAGCUGCUGGAUGCAGAAAGUGAAGACAGGCCAAAACAAUGCUGGGAGAAUAUUGCCACCAUUCUGGAAGCCAAGUGUGCCCUGAAAUAUUUGAUUGGAGAGCUGGUCUCCUCCAAAAUACAUGUCACCAAACUUGAAAACAGCCUGAGACAGAGCAAGGCCAGCUGUGCUGACAUGCAGAAGAUGCUAUUUGAGGAACAAAAUCAUUUUUCUGAGAUAGAGACAGAGUUACAAGCUGAGAUGGUCAGAAUGGAGCAACAGCACCAAGAGAAGGUGCUAUACCUUGUCAGCCAGCUGCAGCAAAGCCAAAUGGCAGAGAAGCAGUUAGAGAAAUCAGCCAGUGAAAAGGAACAACAGCUGGUGAGCACACUGCAGUGUCAGGAUGAAGAACUUGAGAAGAUGCGAGAAGUGUGUGAGCAAAAUCAGCAGCUUCUCCAAGAGAAUGAAAUCAUCAAGCAGAAACUGAUCCUCCUCCAGGUAGCCAGCAGACAGAAACAUCUUCCUAAUGAUACCCUUCUAUCUCCAGACUCUUCUUUUGAAUAUAUCCCACCUAAGCCAAAACCUUCUCGUGUUAAAGAAAAGUUUCUGGAGCAAAGCAUGGACAUUGAGGAUCUAAAAUAUUGUUCAGAGCAUUCUGUGAAUGAGCAUGAAGAUGGUGAUGGUGAUGGCGACAGUGAUGAGGGGGAUGAUGAGGAAUGGAAGCCAACAAAAUUAGUCAAGGUGUCCAGGAAGAACAUCCAAGGGUGUUCCUGCAAGGGCUGGUGUGGGAACAAGCAGUGUGGGUGCAGGAAGCAAAAGUCAGACUGUGGUGUGGACUGUAGCUGUGACCCCACAAAGUGUCGGAACCGCCAACAAGGCAAGGAUAGCUUGGGCACUGUUGAACAGACCCAGGAUUCCGAAGGCUCCUUCAAACUGGAGGAUCCUACUGAGGUGACCCCAGGAUUGAGCUUCUUUAACCCUGUCUGUGCCACCCCCAAUAGCAAGAUCCUGAAAGAGAUGUGUGACAUGGAGCAGGUGCUGUCAAAGAAGACUGCUCCAGCUCCCUCCCCUUUUGACCUCCCAGAGUCAAAACAUGGAGCAACAGAAUACCAACAAAAUAAGCCUCCAGGGAAGAAAAAGAAACGAGCUCUGGCUAGCAACACCAGCUUCUUCUCUGGCUGCUCCCCUAUCGAAGAAGAGGCCCACUGAAGUUGGAGUCAUCAUCUCUACCCCCAAUCUGGCUUGGGAGAUGCUUUCAGAUUGCAGCCAGAAGGGGUUUUUUAAAUGACUUCUCUGGAUUUCAGGUUUCUUGCCGUUGAAAAAAGGAACAAAGCAUUACUAAAAAGAAGGUGACCUUUGUUGGAUGUUGUCCCUCAGCCUCCAUCCCCAGACUACUGCUCUCUGCUCUCUAGAAGGCUGCUAAACCACCUGCUGAAGAGAGAACAAACUGACUUUCCUAAUGACUCAUCAGGAACCAGUCCUCAGUAUGAUCAAGUUCAUUCUUAUUUGUGAGCAGUUCAGGCUAUCUCCUGAUGGGGAUGAGGCCAAGGCUUUCUUAUCUUUUGGUUGUCUCUGCUUAAUGGAGGAGCCUGGCCUAGGAUGGCGGUCUGGCUCAGAUCUUUCACUCCACCUCGGGAAUGGGGUUGUGAUCUUUCCUGUCCUGACCCCCUCUGAAUUGUAAGUGUUUCAAUAGUACUCUUGAUUGUAUGCCAUGUUGUUGAAGUAAAUGAAUUAUUUUUAAAUGUUAAGUAAAUAAACCUUAGCCCAUCUACUGUUAAAAAAAAAAGCCUCAUAGACUAUCAUGCCAUCUGUGAACAAAGAUAAGUUUUGUUUCGUUUUGUUUUUGAGACAGAGUCUCACUCUGUUGCCCAGGCUGGAGUGCAGUAGUGUGAUCUUAGCUCACUGCAACUUCUGCCUCCAUGGUUCAAGUGAUUCUUGUGCCUUGACCUCCCAAGUAGUUGGGAUUACACGCUCAUGCCACCAUGCCUGGCUAAUUUUUUGUAUUUUUAGUAGAGACGAGGUUUUGCCAUAUUGGCCAGGCUGGUCUUGAACUCCUGACCCCAACUGAUCUGCUCGCCUCAGCCUCCCAAAGUGCUGGGACUACAGGCGUGAGCCACUGCACCUGGCCAUUAACAAAGACGGUUUGAUUUCUUCCUUCCCAAUGUGUAUACUUAUUUCCUUUUCUUGUCUUAUGACGUGAGCUAAUAUUUUCAGUACAAUGUUGAAAAAAAGUGGAGAGAGAGGACAUCCUUGACUUGUUCUGUGUCCUAGUGGGAAAACUUCCAAUUUCUCACCAUUAAAUAUGACGUUAGCUGUAGGUUUCUUGUAGAUAUUCUUUAUCAAGAUAAGUUCAACUUUGUUCCUAGUUUACUGAGAGUUUUCAUCAUAAAUGGGUAUUGGAUGUGUCAAAUGCUUUUUUUGCAUCUAUUGAUACGAUCGUGUUAAUUUUUCUUUUUUAGCCUGCUGAGGUGAUAGAUUACAUUGAUUUUUGAAUGUUGAACCAGACUUACAUACCUGGGAUGCAUUCUACUAGGUUAUGGUAUAUAAUUCUUCAUUUCAUUUUCUUAUGAUGUCUUUGGUUUUGAUAAUAUAAUCACAUCAUGUUUUCUGAGAUUCAUUCAUGCUGUUGUGUAUAUUAGUAGUGUUAGGGGAUCUCUGGGGUGUAGAUUUUUCUGGCCAGAAACCUCUGUGGCCACAGCACCUUUGCCUGGGUUCUUGUCCAGCGUCCAGGAAGAAUGAGGUACACAGACAAGUGAAGGGUGAAGAGUUUUAUCUAGUAUUAGAACAGCUCAGAGUGGGUAGCUCCCUCUGUAAGCAGGUUGUUCCAUCAACUGUUCAGCUCUCGGCAGAGAGGAGACCCUGGAGAGGGUGGCUUCUCUCCGCAGACAAGUCAUUCGGAUGUCUCUGCAGGUUUCUGAAGCUCUCAUCUGAGAGGGUCGCUCCUCUCUGCCGGCAGGUCGUUUCUGUAGCUCUCAGUGGAGAGAGUACUACUCUCUGCACCGGUCGUCCCAUCACCUCCAGCUAUCAGCAGAGCGAGUGCUCUGCUCUGCAGCUGGUUGUCCCCUCGUCGUCUCUCUGCCCUCUCCCUCCUCUGGCUGUCCUCCGGCCUGCUCUGGCUGAGCGCCUAGGGCUUUUAUGGACCUCAAAGGGGAGAAAGUAUGUGCUGAUUGGUCCAUGAGCGGCCAUGGGGAGCCGGAAGAGGCACUACGAGUUCCCACUCCAGUCUGCGGGCCUGGCAGCCCAGCCCCCAGCCUUCAGGCCCUCUCUGGCCUGAGGGUGGGGCCUUACUGGGGACCCUGUCCCCUUCUGCCAAGGAAUCAAUCUGCCUCCUGCUGUCAUUCAUGGCCCCGGGGCUCGGCCCCAACCCUUGCUCUGAGACCAGAGCAGGGCAAAGAGGGGCCAGACAGUGGAAGCAGACACCUCCCGAGCCUGCAGGGACUGGGAGUGGGGUGGGGGUGGGGUGGGAGACUUCCUGGGGCCCCGGAGGGUGCAGGCUGCAGAGAUGCCUGGGUCCUGCGCCUGGGAGGGCGGCCGCAGCUGCUCCCGGGAGCUUCCGCCCCGCCAACUCAGCCCAGCUCAUGCCUGCUUCCUGGAGUGGGAGGCCCAGGUCUGCAGCUGCUGGUGUGGCAGAUGCUUCUGCACCCGGGGGUGCAGAUCCUGCCUGUCCCUGGCUUCCCCAAGAGCACAGUGAGGCUCGGAUCCACAGCUGACGUUUGGGCGGCUGUAUCUCCAGGAGGGCGGGGCUCCUGCCUGCUUUGUAGAGCAGGAGGCCUGGGUCUGCAGCUGCAGUUUGGGUGGCUGCAGCUCCACGGAGAGCCCCCAUCUCAACUCAGAAGGGGCAGGGCUCCCACAGACUCCAUGGAAUGUGCAGCCCCAGUCCCUCUUCCCUGCUGCAGCCGGCAUGAUGGCAGCAGCCACUGCCAUCAGUAGUUGGUUCCUUUAUAUGGCUAAGUAGUAGUCAAUAUUAUGAAUAUAUAACAAUUUGAUUAUCAUUCUCCUAUUGGUGGGUAUUUGGAUUAUUUCCAUUUUAUGCUAUUAUGAAUAAGGCUGUAAUAAAUAUUCCUUUA